UGGCUGCUAGAGAAAAUAGUAAAUGAACUUUGUUGCAUCUGAUGAAAACAUCGCUAGUCUUUAUUUAUUACUGAAAAGUUUUAAUACAUUUAUUUAAAAACAGAUGUGAUGACAGUUGUAUUUCAAAGUUCUAAUAUAAACAAAAUAAUUCCAUAAUGGAUAAAUCCAACACUUUUACCUGUAAUGAUGGUAAUAAAUCUAAAAACAAAUUGAAUUCAGAUGCCAAGUCUCUUCUUCACAAUGUCAUACGUCAUACAGAUAGUCAUAACAGGCACAUGGAAGAGGCUGAGAUGUGGCAACUCCAUUUGAAAAUAAAGGGAAAAAUCAAUCUACUAUGUAAAAAUCAUGAGCGAAAAAAAGAUACUCAAGAAUUUAAAGAUGUCAAGAUAGAAAAUUCAUUUUUAUUUGAUGACAGACAGGAUGACUUAGGGUGGAAGAAGAGGAAGUCAAAAAAAGCCCACAUGGAUGACUCAGAAGAUAGAAAUGUUGGAGAGGCUUCUAACAGUACUUACUGGAUGAGACAGUUAUAUAAAUUUGAAGAGAAUGAUCCUGACAGAUGGGGACACAGAGGUUAUAAAGAGCUGUACCCUGGAGAUUGUGAAAGUGAUGGUGAUCAGAAGAAAACAAAGAAAAAAAAGAAAAAGCAGAAAAAGAAAAAAAAAAGAUAAGGAUUGUAACUGUCC